AUGCAGGCUUCCAGUAAACCACUUCCCAAUCCCCAACAGUGUGUUGGCCUUGUCGAAUCCAUGCACACCGUUGCUGUCGAUGAAGUGAACAAGCCCCAGCUCACCAGAACUCGGGGCUUUGUGCUUGCAACCACGAUUGUCAUGACACAGUUCGUCCAGAUGGCCCCUUUUGGUGCGGGCAUCAAUAGUGCGCUUGCGAUCGGAAAGGACUUGGGAGCCAACGAGUACAGCUCAGCAUGGAUUGCCGCCAGCUACCCGCUCACUCAAGGGGCGUUCGUGCUUAUGGGUGGGCGCCUCGGAAUGAUACUCGGGCACAAGAACAUGGUGUCAGUCGCGGGGGCCUGGUGGGUGAUAUUCUCACUCGUGUCCGGAUUCACGAGGAACUUCAUCGCCCUCUGUACGCUCCGAGCGCUUGCCGGCAUUGGUGGCGGCAUGAUGGUGCCCAACUCGAUCGCGCUGUUGACGAUCACUUUCCCGCCCGGGCGAAUGCGAAACAUUACGGUCGCUCUUUUCGGCGCCAUGGCUCCAUUGGGCGCAUCCGGAGGCAGCGUGCUUCCUGGGCUGCUUGUCCAGCUGGUGCAUUGGAAGUGGUUGUUCUUCUUUCUAGCAAUGUUCGGGGCAGCCAUAUUCACUUUGUUCUAUUUGGUGGUGCCUUCCGAGGGCGAGCCCUUUGACAAGCACGGAUCGUUCGACUACUUCGGGGCGUACUUGGCGACGGCGGGCUUGAUAUUGUUCAAUUUUGUGUGGAAUCAAGCUCCCGCUGUCGGAUGGGAUGAGCCUUUCGAGUACGUCCUCCUCAUCGUCUCCGUGCUCCAUAUUGUCGGGUUCUUGAUCUGGGAGGCGAAGUUUGCCAAGCAGCCGAUCCUCCCAUUCGACAUCUGGAAGGCGCCAUCUUUCCUGGCCAUGAUAACUGCCACGUUCUUCACCUUCAUGGCUGUAGGGGUCCACGUAUGGUAUACCACCGUGUGGAACAGCAACAUCCGUGGGUUCAGCAUGCUACUGGUCGGCGCGGCGUGGCAGCCGCUGACUGUCUUCGGAACCAUAGCCGCCUUUCUAAGUGGCAAAGUCGUGAGAUACACCUCUGCCCAAUACAUCAUGGCAAUGGGCUCCCUCGCGACGAUGGUGUGCAUGAUCCUCGUAGCGACCCAGCCAAUUCCCCAGACCUACUGGGCACAGUGCUUUCCCUCGACCAUCAUCCUCUCGUUCGGACCCGAUUUCAUUUUCACGGCCGCGCAGAUCAUCGCUUCCAAUGCCGUCAAGCGCAAACAUCAAGGCAUAGCAGGCUCACUGAUUGGCACAGUGGCCUCCUACGGUCUGAGUACAGGACUAGGCUUUGCAGCCACGGUCGAGGCAUACACUAAUCAUGGCGGAAGAAAGCCUGUUCAGGGGUAUAGGCAUGCGCUGUGGCUUGGUGUGGGCAUUGCUGGGGCGGCGAUGCUCCUUGCGCUUGGAUUCGUCAGGAUUCCCAAGGAUGAAAGGGAUGGGUGGGACGAGGAUGAGACUGAGGUUACGAGUCUUACGACUGAAGAUGCUCGGCCCUACGCAGAGCCUACGCAGGAAGACAAAGCUGUCCCGUCAUCUUGA